AUGUCAAAGGAUGCCUGUUCUACACGAGAACUUGUUAUGAACGGAACUGAAGAAAUAUCGCUCCCUUUGGUAGCAGCUGAAACGCUGGAGUGGAUUCAGGAAGUUGAACGUGCAUAUCAAAAGCAAUCUACAAUUGACUUAGAAAACAAAUUAUUCCUGAAACGGUCCAUACAAGACGAAGAAACACAAACGAAUGUUUGCUUUCCUACCCUACAGGAGGACCUCGAUUUACAAGAGUCGGAAAAUGCCAUGGGUUGUCUUUGCUCAGCGCUCACAAGAUUGAUGGAAGAAAUCAACAUUCCUUCAGAAUUUGGAAGAGCGCAAGGUGAAUCAUUAGGCAGAACCAUCAAAAUUCCAUCAAAUGGACCAUCACCAGGAAUGCUGAGUGCUUCUAAUCUUUAUGCGGUUGUUCGUGACUUCAGGCGAAUUUCAAAACUGGUUCACGCGCAACAAAAUGACAUAAGUAGCUUGCAAUUCAAGGUAGAACAAAUGAUAUUCAUGAAAAAGGAAACCGAGGGUGAAAUGGAGGAGUCCAAAAAGAAAUGGUUGCAAAAUGAAUGCGAUUUCGGAAAUGAAAUCAAGAGACUAGAGGAAGAGAACAUCAAACAACAAAUGGCUCUUCAAAAAUUGCAUGAACACAUAAAUGCAAAUGAUAUUGGUGUAAUGUCCUUGCGCAAACAUAUAGAAAAGUUGAAAACCAUUAAAGCGGAAUUCGAAAGUUACAAAGCCGCAUUAAAGCGCUUGAUAGAUGACUUUGAGAGCUUGAAGAAUAAAGUUGCUUCAAUACCGCAUCUGGGCGACCGCAUCACUAGUCUCCGCGCGCAGCUGGAAGAUAGCCAGAGGGAACUGAAGAGGAUUGAACAAAACGCUCAGACAAGGGAGAUGGAAAAUCGGAAUCUGGAGGAAAAAAACGCGUAUUGGCAACAGAAACAUGAGAACCUAAUACAACGUAUGAGACAACUUUUGGAACAGAAAUCCAAGCAGGAACAAACAUUAACUGACGCGGAGAACACGAUUGAAUCACUGCGAUCCGCGGCCAUUGAGAACUAUGAAAAGGUUGAAAAGUCACAUGCCCGUUGCUCACAGCUACAGGACAUGGUAGCUCAAUUACAGAAGAAGCAAGAGCAGACCGCUGGUGCGGAAUUGAAGGCUACUAGUUCGAUGCAGCAGAUGGCCAAACAGGUGGAAGAAUACAAGCAUCAACUUCAGUUACUUGUACAAUAUCCCGAUCUGAAUGGACCAUUAAGAACUACAAUAACUGAAACUCCGUUGUCAAAUCAUUUCGCUCAUCCGCUGAAUCUUCCGGGUCUACAAGUUCCCUAUCACAAACCUCGGAGCGACUAA